GCCUGAGUUUUCCUUCGACUCAGGCAGCGUCGUGCGUUACCAGCUCAGAGGAGGCGGCAGCUCGCGUCGCACGAGCGUCCAGCUGCUCCUCAGAACCAGAGCCACCUCGGGCACCCUGCUCUCCGUGACGUCCCGGGAAGCCAACGAGUUCAUCGUCCUGGAGGUCACGGAGGGUCACCUCACUGUUCGCGCCAACCUCGGUGACGGCGCCGGCGCCCUGCGUCUCCCCAGUCAGCGGGUAGACGUCGGCCAGUGGGUCCUGGUCAGCCUCAGUCGCCAUGACAACGUGUUCACCCUGCGGCUGGAGCAGGGCGGAGGCUCACGGGAGGUCCAGGCGCGACUGGGGAGCCGGAAGGAGAUCGUGGUCCAUCCUGCCAGCGUGAUGGUCGGAAACGGGCCGAACGCCGGAGACAAGGCGUCAGACUUUCAGGGCUGCCUGCGGGACGUGCGUUUUAACGGUCAGGUCCUCCCUCUGGACGGGCAGAGCCGGGACCUUGUGACGGUGCUGGAGAAGCAGGGCGUCACCUCAGGGUGCUCCAGCGACGCCUGCAGCGGCCAACCCUGCCGUAGCCCGCUGCACUGCAUCGACCUGUGGAGGAAGCACCAGUGCAGGUGUCCUGGCGGUCAGGUGACGGUGACCGAUGACUCGGGUCAGCAGCAUUGCAAGCCGUCUCCAUGCGGACUUUAUUCGUGCAGAAACGGCGGCACAUGCCAGGCGCUGUCGGCCGACAGCUACCGGUGCCGGUGUCAGGAGGGGUUCAGAGGUCAGCGCUGCGAGCUGGGGCAGGUCAAAGGUCACCGGCUGGGCGCCCUCAGUCCCAGCUCCAUCCUCGCCAUCAGCAUGUGUCUACUCGUCUUCUUCGCGGUGCUGGUGGCGGUGACGGUGUGGAACCAGAAAGGCAGCCGCAACAAGUUCAGGAAGCGCGGAGUUUACCACAUCCCUGCAGAACACGAGAGCUGGGAGGACAUCCGAGAAAACAUCCUGAACUACAACGAGGAGGGGGGGGGCGAGCAGGACCAGAACGGAUAUGACAUCACAGAGUUGAAGCGUCCUCUGUGCUCCAGCCUGUCCCAGUCUUCGUCCUGCACCACCGCCCCGCUCAUCAAAUCCUCCCCCGGCUCCCAGGAGGAGGUUCACCCGUCCGGCUCCUCCUGCAGCUCAGGAGCCCCGUACCUCAGCAUCCCCCAUCACCACCAUCAUCAGCACGCCGCCGUCGCCAGCUACAGCAGCGACGCAGCCUACGCCAACUACACCGCUCUCGCUGGCAGGGAAGUGGAGACGAGCAACGCAGGCAGUUGCGCUGACACCGGCCACCAGGGGUCCCGCUCCCACGUGGACUUUAAGAGCUAUGUGGCACGGAUCAUCUGGGAGGCCGACAAUGACAGUGAGGCGUUCCCGCCGGACGCCUAUCACGUCUGGUGCGUGGAGGGCUCGGGGUCGUCGGUGGGAAGCCUCAGCUCGCUGGGGUCGGUCGCAUCCCGUGGAAACAUCGACGCCAGUCAGGGCAACGCGGAGGAAGAGGAAGAUGACGAAGGAGGGUUUGUGUGCGACAGGCUGUCACGAUGGGGCCCGAGGUUCCAGGCUCUGAGCAACAUGUACGACCGGCCACAGCUGAGCCUCACGUACAAGGACGCAAUAACCUACAUACAGAGGAGCCACAGUCAGGACCCUCUGCCUCAACACCACUAGGGGGCACUACACCCCCCCACACACACCUACACACACCUACACACACACUGAACAGACUGGAGGGGGCGCUGUGCUGCGUUCACGUCACAUUAUUAAUUGAGGAAUAAUAAAAGUGUUGAAAAUAAUAUUUUUGCAAUAAAAAGAGGAGUCACGUGACGUUUGCUCCGAAUCGUCUUGUUCAUGAAAUGAUGACGGGUCGCAGGUAGAGUUGUGUUGCCCCGCCCACAGGUGAGGCGGAGCUCAUAUGACUGAGUCAGAAAGGUGUCAGUCAAACCCCCUGGGGACACGCCCACACAGGGCACACAGGGCAGCACACUCCACCUGAGGAAAGCGUCAGUGCUGAUUGGCUGUUGGCUCAGCAGGAAGUCAGUGAUCAUGUGACGGCUGAAGCACGACGAGCAAACAGAGAAACUCCAACGUGAGUAAAAUCUGAACAUAAUUAUUUUCAUCCAUCGUCUUAUUCUUCGUUUCUUUCACACGAGACAAAGAAAAAUGAUGAUCAACACAAACAAACGUCAAACGAUGUGAAAACACAUCGAUGGCGUCUUUUAUGUGCGAGCAGCUUUUCUCAGCCGUGACGUGAACGCAGCAGUUUAACGUUCAUCACGUGACCCUGAACAUUCAUCACAUGACCCUGAACGUUCUUUGUUGUGGUUUAAAGUUGAGAUCACAUCGAGAGAAGUUCGUGCAUCAGCUUUACACAGAAACAUUUUUCUGAAACUAUUUAUUUUUCCUUUCAUUCGGUUUGUUUUGCUGGAUUUAUUUUGUUCUCUUCUUCUCCUGGUUGAACCACGUGAAGGUCCUGACGGGAGAAGUCUCCGUUCUGCUUUAAGGUCGUUUGAAUCUUUUCAUUUCCGUGUUUUGACCACAGCUACGAACAAAACGAUCCCUGAAGGACAAACAUCUUUUCUUAAGAAACUGUUUCUACAGAUGCAGCCGACCUCAGACAAACUCCGAGCCUUUCAUUUCUCUCUUCAGACGAGUCGACAGUUAAACCAGAUGAAUAAAAAAACCGGUUUUAACUUCUCGAGGUUUCCAACAUGUAAAAUAAAGUUGAAUAGUUUGUUUUCAGAUGAUUAUUUUUUUACUCCCUUGUAGAAACUUCCCAGAAGCUUUUCCAGUCGGAUGUGCUCCGUGUCCGUGUUUGCGUGACGUCACGUUUCAGUGUUUCGUUUGUUUUGAGGAAGAAGCUCGUCUUCUCUGAACGUUUACAAACGUAGAAGCUGCGUCGCCUCACGAACCCGUCGACGCUCAGAGUCUGCGUCACGUUUGAAAAUGUUUUUUAUUAAUGAAACUAUUGAAGAAGCACAAAACAAACCCAGACUCAGUCACCGUGAAUUAUGGGUAAAUGGUGUCGAAGCGACGCUGCCGUUAAUCAACUGGUGACAGAAAAAAAAAACCCUUGUCUCUCAGGGCACGUUUCACGAUGUCAAAACAAAUGUGUUGCACUAAUUUAAACCAACUUUAUCAGUGAAACAUUUAAGUUCAAGUUAAAUAAUAAAUAAAGUUUAGUUGGAACUCGACUUAAAAAAGAUCCAGUUCCUUGAGGGUCACUGAUUUAAAUGUAAUCUGAAACCUCACCACUAGGUGUCACUAAGCACAUUUGGUAUUUUGGUUUUAUGGCUCUGCACUGGCGACACCUAGUGGCCGGAGGCUGUAUGUAUUCGGGUUGUCUGUCCGUCACAUUGUUGUGGACACAAUAUCUCGAGAACACCUCGAGAGAAUUUCUUUAAAUUUGGUACAAAUAUUAAUUUGGACUCAAAGAUGAACCGAUUCGAUUCUAAAGGUCAAAGGUCACAGUGAGCUGCUCUGGUGGAUCUGUGCAGUGAAUCUAGUUUGUUUAUUGAUUUAUUAUAUUCAGAUUCAACUGGUGAUAAAUUUAGUUUUGUGCUCGUUCAACAGUUUGUUCAUUUCUCAGCUUCUUUAAAAACCAGCGAUAGUUCGUGUGAAAACGUGAUAUUUUUUAUUUGACUUUUUUUAAGAAAGAAAGUGAAAAUGUUUUGUUUCGACACUUUAACCAGCGUCGUGUCUGAUGGUCGUUUCCCAGCCUACCUCUCGUCUUCGUCACAACGCCGCCCGAUGAUGAAUGUAGUUUUAUAAAAAACCUCCUGGGUUUUCAGGAGACGGUCGGAGAGUCCGAGCGGACGAAGAACAGUCGGAGAUUUAACUGAAUUUAAUCUCACAGGAGUCGUGCGUGAAUCAAUCCUGGAUAAAUACUUUUAUCCUAAAGUCAGAAUAUUUGCUGCUGAGACUUUAGUUUUUUCCUCAACUCAUGGUCCCGUUGAUUAAAACCUAAAUGGAAUGAGCACAGUUUCAACACAGUUUAUUUUGAAAGAGCUGACGUGAAGCUCCAGAUGUUUUCACCUGUUCCACAUCUGCUCAUGUUUGUUGUGAAUCCAGUGUUUUUCACUGCUGAUCUGAACCAUGUGACGUACAUAUGAACGUUUUCUAGAAACCCGACAGAAAAUAUUCCUUUUGUAUUCGACUUUUAAUAAAAAGACU